AUGAAUACGAUUCGGUCCACCUGGGUAGGCUGGGGUGCUUUGUGCGUUGCUGGUGGCGGAGCCUACUACUUUGCUAAGAAGUCUAUCAACGCCGACCGUGCUACGCGAUUUGAAGCGGAAAUGAAACGCAAGUCGCAGAUGGCCGCUCUGGAAGCCCAGCAUCGACGUCAAUCCGGAUUGAACGAACCCUCUCCCACUCCCUCCGAUUCUCCGAGCCAGAAACGGGCCAACUUUUCGCAGUUCCAAAGUGGUACCGAUGAUGUCGCCUCCCCAAGCGCAGAGGCCAGCCGUGAUCCCGCCCCAACUCGUCACGAGCCCGAUUCCGAAGCAGAACGUGUGUCGCAAAAAGGGAAAUAUGAAGCUGCUCAGCCAUUCCGACCUCCUCGAGGCAAUCGAUUGAGUUAA